UCGAAAAAAUUAAUGGCGGCAAUUAUAGUCUCGCUGUUAUUACAGCCUCAUAGCCAAAUCGAGUCAAGAGCAAUAUGCCCAAUCGUCAAAUUAGCGGGAAACACCAUACAACAAUACAAAAAUAGCUAAAAUGUCUGUUUUGCUGGAGACAACAGUUGGAGAUAUUGUCAUUGACUUGUAUGUUAAUGAAAGGAAACGAUGUGCUCUGAACUUUUUGAAGCUCUGCAAGAUAAAAUAUUAUAACUACUGUCUAUUUUUUUCUGUCCAGAGGAAUUAUGUCGCCCAAACUGGUGAUCCCACUGGUACUGGCAGAGGAGGGGAAUCAGUUUUCAAGAAUGUAUAUGGUGAUCAAGCAAAAUAUUUUGACAUUGAAGUUAAGCCUAAAAUAAAGCAUACAAAAAAGGGGUUGGUGUCAUUUGUAAAUAAUGGAAAUAAUCAACACGGUUCACAGUUUUUUAUAACACUUGCAAACAACUUGGACUAUCUUGAUGGAAGGCACACAGUUUUUGGUGAAGUAUCAGAGGGUUUUGAUGUUCUAGACAAGAUCAAUGAUUCAAUUUGUGAUGACAAUGACAGACCUUACCAAGAUAUAAGAUUGAGCCACACAGUAAUUCUUGAUGAUCCAUUUGAUGAUCCGGAUGGUCUAGACAUUCCAGAUCGUUCACCGGAGCCAACAAAAGAACAAUUGCAGUCUGACCGAAUUGGAGCAGGUGAAAAGAUAGAUGAGUACGAAGGGAAGACGAUAAAAGAAAUGGAAGAAAUCAUAGAAGACAAAGAUCUCCAAAUAGGCACGCAGAUUCUUCAGACGAUCGGAGAUAUACCAGAUGCCGACCUAAAACCCCCUGAAAAUGUUUUAUUCGUUUGCAAGCUUAAUCCUGUUACUACCGCUGAUGAUUUGGAAAUCAUCUUUUCCAGGUUCGGACAAAUUUUAAGUUGCGAAAUUAUACGAGACCACAAAACUGGGGAUUCGUUGUGCUAUGGUUUCAUAGAAUUUUCAAAGGUUGAAGAAUGCGAAAAGGCCUAUUUCAAAAUGGAAAAUGUAUUGAUUGAUGACCGAAGAAUUCAUAUUGAUUUUUGUCAGUCAAUUACAAAGAGCAAGUGGAUUCGUUCAGGGUUAAAAGGCAAAUACUCAUUCAAUACGAACGGAAGUCAGGAGAAGGACACCCCAGCCAGAGCAAAGGCUAAAGUGUUAGAGAUCAGAGAUAAAAGGGGACGAGACAAGUAUCUUUUUCUCUGGUUAAAAGGCAAAUACUCAUUCAAUACGAACGGAAGUCAGGAGAAGGACACCCCAGCCAGAGCAAAGGCUAAAGUGUUAGAGAUCAGAGAUAAAAGGGGACGAGACAAAUACGAAAUGGUUUUCGAAAGUGAUGAAGAACGAGCUGGUUCAAAAACAUCUAGGCGUAAAGAUAAGUAUGAAGGGAAGGAGAAAUUCCAAAAACGAGAUCAUGAAGAACAUAGUCGUGAUAAAGAGUCUAAGUACCGGGGUGGUAAUCGAUCGUCAUCAGAGGAGAGACCCGCGAAGAAAGAGAAGAAGAUAACCCGAGCCAGAAGUGAAUCAUCCGAAGAUGAUCGAAGGAGAAGAAAAGAACGCCCGAAAAAAUGCGAGAAAGAUACUGGAAGGCAUCGAUAUAGUGAUAACGUUAGUGCGUCCGACGAUGAAAGAAAACGGACGCUUGUUAGGAAGGAGCGUAGGCCUAGAGACAGGAGGAGUAGCUCAGACGAUGGCAGAAGAGCUGUUCAUAACAAAAGGAAGAAGGAGCGCAAGAAGGAAAAGAAACGCUCAUACUCUUCGAGUUCCGACGAUCUACAGCAUGGUCAUAAAAGAAAAUCCAGUCAUGGAAGCAAGUCGAGGCGAUGAGAUAUAUCGGGUGCUGCGCAAGCUAUCAUUACAUCAAGUACUUCUUACUUGAUCAGAUUGUUGUUUACACAAACCCAGUGGCCUGGGAACCAAAUUAUGAUCAACCCCUUCCAGCGUCACCCGAACAUUUUGAUCUUCCAUUGUGCCAUCCAAGCAACAUAUCCAAGCGACAAUCUGUCACUUCUAAUGUUUCUGUCACUGUGAUAUUAAAAUGGCGUUCUCUCGUAGGUUUUGGAAAGUUUUCUAGAGUUCGUC